AUGGAUUUUAAGAAUCAAAACGACAAGUCAUUGAGCAAUAUUCUUUCAAGAAAAUCCUCCGUGGGAUGCUCCUCUCGUAUCUCUUACUAUCGGAGUGGGGAAGGGGUUCCAUUCAAAUGGGAAAUGCAACCAGGGGUAGCAAAAGAACCACAAAAGGAAGAGCUUCCACCGCUCACUCCCCCGCCAGCACUUCUCAGCCGGGGGCUCCCCAAGCCAUGCAUUCCGGACCCCAAACCUUCAACCCGGUCAAGGCUGCGGUUUUGGAAGAAAAGGGUAGAACGUGGAAAAAGCAAGAAACCCCAAGAUUGUUUUAAUGAAGAUGCUAUUGAUUUCGAUAUAUUAGCAAGAUUAGAUUGUAGCUCUGAUUCUGAAUCUAUGGCAUCGCCUCGAGGUUCAAGUUUUUCUUCUUCGUCUUCUAUGUCAUUCACCAAGAGUCGUCCUUUGUUGCAAUCAGCAUGCUCAGAGAGUCCUAUCAGAGAAGUAUAUGGAACGCCCUUGACCUUAGGUUGCUUCCCCAUGCGUUUUAGCAGAGUUCUCGUUUCAAUUGCAAGGCGUUAUUGA